CUAGCGCCGAUUAGAUAGAGAUAUCUGCCCUCCUCCUCCACCAUCCUCGCCGCCGCUGCUCACCCCAGAGGCCAAAACACCACAGAUACCACAGAAACUCACUCAUCCCACCAACCCGUCAAGAUGAGCAAAUACGUCCGCCAACAAAAAUCCCUCCCCAAACACCCCAAAACCCCCUCCUCCGCCGACUCCCCCUUCGCACCCACCCCCAUCCCCGUCGCCCCCCGCCAACGCCCCGGCUGGUCCGGUCCCGGAUACACCAAGAAGGGCGGGAAACACAUUCCCCGUCCUCCUCCGGCGCCGAAGCCCGUCGUGAUACCCCCAGGAGACGAACACCAGGCGCUCGGGCAGCCGGAUCAGCAGCUCCUGCUUGAUGCGAUCAGGAAGGCGUUUCCGCGGUGCGAGGAUUAUGAGGCGCUGAAGGUAGUACUGGCGGAUGUGGAGGAGAAGGUGCGGAGUGGGGAUUGGAAGGCGGCAUUUGGGAGUGCAGAGGCUAGGGAGGCGUGGGUUGUUAAGUGGGGUGCGGAGAGGGCAGUUUGGUUUGCGAAUUUGUUGGUGAAGGUGGUGGAGACGCUGGAUGAUGAUCCUUUGUUUGCAAUGCUGCAAGGUAGGAGGGAGGACGAGGAUGAGAAUGAGGAUGACGAUGACGAUGAGGAGGACAAGGAGGAGAAAAAUAAGGAAGAAAAGAAAGAGGAGAACGACGACGAAGAUGAGGAGGAAGUGCUGCGAGUCGUCAGCUUCGGCGGCGGCCCAGCAGAGGUCCUGGCCUUGGGAGCAGUAGUCCGACACUUCCGCCCCGACGCCCACGGCAAAUCGAAAGCAGACCUCGAAUCCGAGGACUCCUCCGACGCAGGCCAAAUCAUCGAUCUCAACCUAACCAACACCGUGAACUGGACACGCGAGGUCUCCACCUCCCACGAAGCGCUCCUAUCCCCCCCCACACUCUCCAAAUACGCCUCCGCAUCCGCGAUCGCCAACAGCUCGCCGUUCUUAGCGAAAUCAGCACUGGAGCUCGAGAUGCAGAAGUUUAGCCCCUUGGAGGCGAGCCAGGAGGAGGUGGGGGAGUUGGUGGGAGAGGAGGCAGCGUUGAUCACGCUGUUCUACACUGUUGCUGAUCUGGCUGCGACGAGCGUGGCGAAGACGGUGGCGCUGCUGCUGAAGCUGACGAUUGCGGCGCCGAAGGGGAGUUUGGUGGUUGUGUUUGAUCGUGCGGAGGAGGAGGGGAAGAAGGGGUAUCCGCUGAGGUAUCUGCUGGAUAUGGCGUUCUUGGGGAAGAAGCCGUCGGGGGAAGAUCAGGAGGAGGGGGUCAAGCCGGCGUGGAAGAUGUUGUUGGCGGAUGAGGCGAGGGUGGUUAAGGCGUGUGAUGGGGUGAGGUAUGCGUUGGGGUUGGAGACGGCGAAGGCACAGGUUUAUGUGUUUAGGCGGUUGUAGGAUAUCGGGGGGGUAUGAGGGAGGUGAUAUACGUAGUUACCGAGUGCUUGGGAAAGGAAAGGAAAACCUAUAUAUUCAUGAUGACCACUUGGCCUGCCCAACACACACUGUAUCAUCUUACACGAAGUCUUAUGCACUGGAAGCUCCCAACCCCUGCACGAAUAUCUUCACGAGGACCUUAGAGAUAGCUCUGAGGAUCACUCUACCAAGUAAUAGGGUGUUGACAUUGGAUUUGACAGCAAGAAUAUGUUGGUGAGAAUCCGUUGGCGAGAAGCUGUCAGCAACAAUCUAUUGGUGAGAACUUCUCAGUAAGAAGCUAUCGCCAUCCACAUCUUGCUGCCACUUCUCGCCCGCCAAACCACACAGAAAUGUAGUCGACAAGUGCCUAGAUGUAUGUGAACUCACCGCACCCGCAGACAAACGCGCAUAAUAUCGCGACGGUUAUGAGAGCCUCAUUUUCCGCGAUGUCCUGGCGCGUGGAGCACUCCAGG